AUGGGUGCAAGCGAAGAGUGGGCAGCGCUUCGAGACCCCGGCACAGAUAAGGCAUGGGCUAGCUGCCCAAAUAACACAGUAGAGGAUGUGGACACCGCCGUGGAAACAGCGCACGCAGCCUUUGAGCAGUUCCGCAAGGCCAGCCCGCGCCAGCGUGCCAAGUGGUUGAUGAAAUGGCAUGAUCUGACUCUCGAGGCGCGCGAUGACAUUGCGCAAAUCCUUACGCACGAGACCGGCAAGCCGUUGGCCGAGGCGUAUGGGGAAAUAGAUUAUUCGCUAGGAUUCCUGUGGUGGUUUUCGGGCGAAGCUGAGCGUAUCCAGGGCAGCGUGUCGGUGCCGGCUGCUCCAAACCGGAGACUAUUCACUAUCAAGCAGCCGAUCGGAGUGGCUGCCGCACUAGUGCCGUGGAAUUUCCCCGUGGCAAUGGUACUACGCAAGGUCGGCGCGGCUAUGGCGGCAGGGUGCACUAUGGUGGUCAAGCCGAGUCCGGAGACGCCCAUUUCGGCACUGGCGCUAGCAGAACUGGCAAAGCGUGCGGGAAUUCCGUCCGGAGUGUUCAAUGUGAUCACUACCGAUCUGGACAACACACCACCGCUGAGCGAGGCGUUGUGCAAGCAUCCACUGGUCAAAAAGGUCACCUUCACCGGAUCUACGCGCGUCGGCAAGCUGGUCGCCUCGCACUGUGCCCAGGGUCUGAAGAAAUUGACACUUGAACUCGGAGGGAACUGUCCUUUCCUGGUUUUCGACGAUGCCAACCUCGAUCAAGCCAUCGAUCAGCUGAUGGUUCUUAAGUGGCGUCAUGCCGGACAAGCCUGUAUCACUGCAAAUCGGGUGUAUGUACAAGCCGGCAUCUAUGACAAGUUCGCCGCGCUGCUCAAGGAGAAGACCGCAGCCCUGGUAGUCGGCCAUGGCGCCAAGGCGGGCACGACAAUGGGCCCGUUGACCACGCCGCGCAGUAUCGAGAAGGCCAAUGCUCAUGUCGAGGACGCGCGCCGACGUGGAGCAGAUGUUUUGCUGGGUGGCAAGCCGUUGACCUCAAGCUCAGGAUAUUUCUUCGAACCAACCAUUCUGUCUGGAAUGACGGACGAUAUGCUCAUCUCGCAGGAGGAAUCAUUUGCACCCAUCGCAGCGCUGUAUCGAUUCGAGACAGAAGAGGAGGCGGUUAAAUUGGCUAAUGACACCAGCAUGGGGCUAGCCAGCUAUGCUUUCACAAAGAACAUCGACCGUAUGUGGCGACUGCUGGAGAAUCUGGAGGCCGGAAUGAUUGGGAUGAACACAGGUAGGUUCCUACGAAGCCUUAAGAAAAAGUAA